GAUUUUUGCUUUGCUCCGGCCUCAGCUACGUGCUCUGCCAACUCGAGGCUGACGACGAGUGUCGCGAGGGCGCUUGCGCCCUGCAUGCGCUGCAGACCAGGAGCCUCGUGCGAAGUGAGGCGCGGUCUGAUGAGCCAAGCGACGAGGUGAAGACCAGCCCCUACGUUCGGCCCAAGAACCACCUGGACCUUCACCCGAACAAGUUCCCAAUCUCCAGUAGCUGCAAGAAGCCGCCCUGCAGCGGCCAGAUCCACCUGCAGCUGGGGGGUCCUGGGGAGAUGGUGGUGUCCUUCGUUUCUCAGCCGGAGUCGGACACCAAGUCCCGGGUGCGCUUUGGCAAGGGAGACCUGGACGUGAUGGACCAAGAGGCCAUCGGUCAGGCGGAGGUCUACUCGCAGCUCAUUUACUGGCGCGCAGAUCUGUGGAAUCCUCCCCUGAAAGGUGGCUACGGCCUGCCCCAGGAUAUCGUCGCCAAGGACAUGAGUACCACGUCGUGGGCCUCCGACGAGCGUACUGGCUGGAAGUACCCGGGCACCUGGAAAGAGGUGGGCACGCAACAGGUGGAGAGUGACCACCUGGGCUGGUACAAGAACCCUGGGGAACGCUACGACUCGCCUGCCAUCCACACGGUGGUGCUUGCCGACUUACAGCCAGGGCAGACCUACAAGUACCAGGUCGAGAACGACGAUCGCAUCUUCGAGUUCACCAUGCCCGCCGAAGAGGCGAAAUAUCCCUACCACGUGGGUCUCGUGGGGGACGUGGGCCAGACGCCAGUCUCCAACUCCAGCAUGCACUUGCUCAGUGGCCUGAAUCCCGAGGUAGUGUUGAUGACUGGUGAUCUCGCCUACGCCGACGGCUACUACCCAAGGUGGGACUCCUUCGGCAUCAUGUUCGAGACGCUGGCUGCGAAGAUCCCGGUCAUGUCCUGCGUUGGAAAUCACGAGUACGGCGAAGGCGAGUCCUUCAAGAGCUACAAUGCUCGUUACCCCAUGCCACAUGCCCAGUCGGGCUCGAUGGACAACACCUACUGGAGCCGCGACAUUGGCCCCAUGCACGUGAUUGCCCUGAACACUUACAGCCAGACGAAGCCAGGAAGCUACCAGUACAAGUGGUUGGAGAAGGAUCUGAAGUCCUUCAGCCGAAAGAAAACUCCCUGGCUGGUCGUCAUCAUGCACGCGCCCUGGUAUAACUCCAAUCUUGGCCAUUAUGGUGAAGCCAAGGUGACACAUGGAGAUGCCCCAGAAUGUUUUUCUUUGCUUGUGGUGCUGUGCUCGCAAGCGUUAGGUGUAGGACUCCAUAAACACUAA